AUGGCAAACUACAGUCUGUUUGGCGGCCCGACGCAGCUCCAGCAACAACUGCAAAACAUCUACGACGAUGCCCACGAGGGCACUCUUCAGGCUGUGCUCCUAGAGACGGCCCAGCAAGACGGCCCCGCUCUCCAGGCUUGGACGUUGUGCCUGUUUUCCAUCAAUGCCAAAAUCAAGCAGGUGGAGAACUCCAAGCCCCGCAGCGACACAGAACGAGGCCUGCUCAACUCCAUUCUUGAGCUUGAGCAGGAGUGUCGAGAACGCAUUGGCAAUCUCGAACGCAAGAAACAGGUGUCGACCAACCCUUAUGUGACCCAGGCAUCGCUGCCGUCGCUCAACAAUCUGUCGCUGGGCAAUUCGUCGGCUCCAGUCCCUCCGUCCCAUGGCGCCAGCUCCAGCAACAUCCACAAUCCCUUCCAGGGCUACGACUCUCGACAGCAGCAGCAGCAGCAACAGGUGCCACCUCAAGUGCGACCGUAUUACCAGACUCAGCAGAGCCAGCAGUCACUGCAGCCGGCCCUCCAGCCUCAACACUCCAACCCCAGCUCUAGCAGUGUCAAUCGAUACAACGUUCCUCGAAAACAGGUUCCUGGUUCGUCGUCCAACAUCAACACGUCGCCCCAGAAGCCCCAACUGCUUGAUCUGGAUCUGUCACCAGGCAAAAACGAUACCCCCAAAACCAGCAACCUGCUGGCGCCGCCUGUAGACUUUGAUCGACCUAAGCCCGUUGUGGCACCGGUUCAGACACAGUACCAGUACCCCCCUCAACAGGACUUCCAGCCUGUCGAGCCCGAGGUACGCAAGGAGCGAUACGAAGACAGAUCGCAGGAACGACAGUACAAUUCAGCCGAUUUCACUCCCAUCUCCGCCCAUCAACGGUCCACCUCGUCGUCUUCCACCGUAUACACGCCCGUCAACUCACGGCCCGAUCUCCAGCCCCUCUCGUCAGCGUCAUCGCCUAUCGACGCCCCGCCCUCGCCGCCCAAACGAGAGAUGCUCAAGACCCUAAGAGGCGCGACCUCGUCCAAGAAGCAACCGUCGGCGUCCACCGCCAACGAGGCGCCCCUCAAGGGAGCCUCCCUCGCCUGGAAAUUCAAAAACUUUGGCAAGAGCCAGGAGGACAAGAAACCUGAGCAACCCAAGCCGGCCAAGGUGAAACCCACCCGUUCCAAUGCCCCCUCGGUGAGCUCUCAGGCCACCAGACCCAACUACUCCACGACCUCUGUCAACACCACCACCAACACGACAACCAGCUCUAUCCCACAGAGCACAAAAUCAAACAACAUCAAGUCCAUGUUGCUUGACGAUGACGAGCCUGCUCCUGUGCGCCAAGCUCCUGCCCCAGUUCAACAGCAGCAGCCAGCAGCUGCCGUUCAGCCCCCCGCUCCGGCUGCCCACCCCGUACACCCCGUACACCCUGUACACACCCCUCCUCCUGCACAUACCCACUCUCCCCCCCCUCACGUGACCCAUGCCCCUCCUCCCACAAAACAGACUCCCACCGCUCACCAGGCUACUUACAAUGCUCUGCAUGGCCAGGCUCGACGGUCUGGUGAGGUGCGACGCUCGGGCGAAAUGACUCGCCGAUCAGGAGAGAACCGACGCAGCGGUGAAAUUCGACGAGCCCGGCCCACCAGCGGUAUCUCUGUGCGCUCCACGACCUCCGAGGCUGGUGACCACCCUUGGGCUGGGUUCACCUCCGUGGGAUCUGCCGCCAAGCAGCAGCAGCAGCACUCCAACAACUCGUCCACGUCUUCACUAACCUCAGCCCAGACUGCUGCUGCUGGCGCAGGAGCCCAAAAGGCGGCCCAGGCCCAACAGGCUGCUCUGGCACACAACCGGGCCCUCAAACCCGUGUCGUCGCCUAGCACCAACGCCAACGCCAACCACAGUGCCAAAAAGCCAGCCUACCAGUACAUUGUGCAGCCAACUCCUGCAAAGCCGCAGCAGAGUGCUGCUACCCGAGCUGCUCUGGCCAAGUCCAAGCAGCUCAACGACCGAACCAAGGCCAAGAGACAAGCCGCAGCCUCGGCACAGAACCGGACGCGCCAGGUACACACUCCUCCCGCCCAGGGACGGCCAGCACAGCAUCAGCAGCCCCAGGGAGCUAAGCAGAUUCUCAAUGCAAGCGGAGGCCGCCAAGAGUCACCGUCUCCAGAACAACAAGAGGAGGAAAAGAAACCACUGACUGAGUGGGACAAAAAGGUGGCAGAAAUUAUGAAGGAUCUACGAGGAGUGGACGAAAACGCCGCCAAGCAGAUUCUCAACGAGAUUGUCGUGCAGGGCGACGAGGUUCAUUGGGAAGACAUUGCAGGUCUGGAGGCCGCCAAGAGUUCGCUCAAGGAGACGGUUGUGUAUCCGUUCCUGCGACCCGAUCUCUUCUCUGGUCUGCGAGAGCCCGCUCGGGGUAUGCUUCUUUUUGGACCUCCCGGUACCGGAAAGACCAUGUUGGCUCGGGCUGUGGCCACCGAGUCCAACUCGACCUUCUUUUCUAUUUCCGCUUCUUCUCUGACCUCCAAGUUUCUCGGAGAGUCGGAAAAGCUCGUCCGAGCGCUGUUUUUCAUGGCCAAGGCUCUGGCCCCUUCUAUCAUUUUUGUCGACGAGAUCGACUCGUUGCUGAGUCAGCGAAGCGACUCGGGCGAGCAUGAGGCGUCGCGACGAAUCAAAAACGAGUUCCUCGUGCAGUGGUCCGAUUUGGCUUCAGCAGCCGCAGGCCGAGAACGAGAAGGUGACGUACAGCGAGUGCUUGUUCUUGCAGCCACCAAUUUGCCCUGGGGCAUUGAUGAGGCUGCUCGGCGACGUUUUGUGCGACGACAGUACAUUCCCCUGCCUGAAAUCGAGACUCGAGAGGCGCAGUUCACAAAGCUAUUGGCUGCCCAGCGGACCAAUCUCUCCGAGGAGGAGCGAAAGGGUCUGUUGCAGCUGACCGAGGGCUUCUCCGGAUCCGAUAUCACCGCUCUGACCAAGGACGCCGCUAUGGGUCCUCUGCGAGCGCUGGGAGACAAGCUGCUGACCACUAGCCGGGAAGAUAUCCGUCCCAUUGGAUACCAAGACUUCAUUUCUUCAUUAGCCUUUAUUCGGCCCUCAGUGUCCAAGGAAGGCCUCAAGGCCUUUGAGGACUGGGCUGCAGAGUACGGUAGCAGUGGUGCUUAG